AAGGAAAGAAGGGAGGAAGGAAGGAAGCAAGCGGGCUCUCGGCGCAGUCAGCCCCCUUCUCCCACCCGCUCCCGCUCGCUCAACGGUCACAUGAUGCUAAUUUCCCCCAAUAUUAACUGCCAGUUUGAUGCUCCAGCAUGUACCACAUUGUGUUGUUAGAGCUACCACAGAGGCCUCCCAGGAACAUGCAGGCCCCGAGGUAAUGAACCACCCUUUAUUUAGAGUCAAGCUGGCAAAAGAUUGGAUCCCAGAGCAUCAUUUUUAAUCCACAUCCAUGACUGCCCUUCAGUGAGGUUGGAAAGAAAUUGUUGUACCAAGUCAUCCAUCUGGAUGUGGGAGCUUUGAAGGAGGAGAGAGAAUAUUCAGAAUUGGUAAACGGAUUUGCAUGGGGUUCAAAACUGAGCCAACUUCUGAAAUAAUAUCCCUGAACUUGAAUAGAUGGCUCUUCAGCAGCAUCUGCAUGCUUUUAAUAUCUCCCCAGUGGAGGAUAGGAGAUUGUGUCUAAAUGGAACACCCUGGAUUUGGCAUCUUCUUGAAGAAUGUGUCGGGAAUGCGUGGGAGUAUUGGAGUGUUGUCAUAGGCCUGAUCUCCAUUGUCUGUUUUCUGUUUGCUGCACUACCUCAACUCUAUGUGUCCUAUCAGAAUGGAAAAGUGGACCAAGCUCUGUCAUUAGGUUUUUUGCUGUGCUGGAUUUCAGGAGACCUCACCAAUUUUAUUGGGUGCUAUUUGUCUAAUCAACUUCCAAUACAGAGCAUCACUGCCAUUUUUUACAUUAACAUGGACAUAAUUAUGAUAUCCCAGUUUGUCUACUAUCAACUAAAGAAUCAGAAAGUGACAAAAUGUGGUAUACAUUUGAAGAAUUGUUGUUUUACCUGGGUCUUGAUGUGCAUAAUACUGUGUAUGAUUUUACCCAGUCAGCUACUGCUACGAAACCAAGCCCGGAACAGUCUUUUAGGAGCAAGUGAGAAGUCUCAUGGCAUGAUUGAGAUGUCAGGCUUUGUUUGCGGCUAUAUCUCAUGUGUGUUUUACUUGGGAUCUAGAAUUCCUCAGCUGUACAAAAAUUUCCAAAGAAGAUCCACAGAAGGCACAUCUUAUCUGUUGUUCGCCUUAGCCAUGAUGGGAAACUGUACAUAUGGUCUAAGUAUUGUCUUAAAGAUGCCUGCAACACAAUAUCUCAUAAGUCUUUACUUCCGGCACCAUCUCCCUUGGCUCAUUGGGAGCUUUGGAGUUUUGUUUCUAGAUAUUCUUAUAACUGCACAAUUUAUUAUGUAUCGUAAUCAGAAUAAGAGAAGACCUAGCUUGGUCGCCUUGGAAGUGGAACCGUUGCUCAUAAAUGAUGAUUCCUAAUAUCCAUAUUUUGUCAGUGUUACAUACCUAUAUACUGUAAUGGAUUGGAUCCAUACUUAGAGUAGACUGAUUGAAAUCAGUGGAAUGACUAACUUAUCUCCCAUUGAUUUCAUUAGGUCCACUCUAGCUAUGACUAAGUCUAGAUCCGAUGGUUUCAUUUUGAAGUUUUCAAGACUUUUCAUAAGCAAAGUGUGAUCCUCAUUAGGAACUCAACGUGCUUGGACAGAUACUAUUACAAGGGAAAAUAGCAAGCGCUAAGAGCUCCAGGGUGAUCUUCAAUGACUAGAUUUUAAGAAGUGCUAAAUCCUAUAGAAUUUACCCAGUGCAGGAAGAUGUAUGUCAAUUACUGCAGUAUUGGAUGUUAAGUUACAAAUCUUUUAUUUACCUCUUUUUUUAAACUACUACUUUUAUCCCUAAAUAAAUCUAGAGCUUCACAUUUCUUCUUUAUAACAGUGUGAUGAUAAACUAUUGAUAUGCCAGUGAUAUCAUGGCUUUAGUCCAUGCUAGACUUUCAUCGUGUUCUAGGCUGUUGGGUUUUUCUGUUCUUUUUUGCUAAGGAACCAGAAAAGGAAGAGAAUGUAUUAUGGCAUCUCCUCAUCUCAGAACAUCUGUGCAAUUUCAAACGUUUGGAAUAUUCUUCCUCUUGUCCAAUUUUUAAGCCAACCAUACAGAAUAUUUUUAAACGCAUAUCCCCUGUUCACAAUGAUAAUGUAAUGGAAGUCUGGUCAUUACAUGAAAUAUGAAUAAAGCACUAGUGAGAA